CCUUGGCCGUCUUAUCUCUUUGAAAAUUAGAAAAUGGCGACUACCAGCAUGAAGAGAAUAUUUCUUUUGGUUUUAUUUCUAAAUUUAAUUCUUGUCGGAUUUUGUGAUGAUUUUUCAUUGAAACCAAUAAUCAGAAAAGUAAGAGCUGAGGAAACUUUAAGUGAAGACGAACUAAAGGCCCUGGCUAGGGCUGAUGAACGAGAUCUUCCACCAUCAUUACAAAGACUUGUACGGGCAACACUUACAGGGGAACAUCUUUGCUGCAGAAAUACACCUCUACCACUGGUUACUAAAUCACGUUCCGUUGCAAGGCAUCAUCUUGUAAAUGACAAACCAGUAACAACAUAUGUAACUGAAUACUAUAAAACAGUUGUUGAAGGCCGAUGCCCAAAGGAACACAUCGUAUGCUGCAACAUGUACAUUAUGGUGGCUUACAAAUGUGUUUAUUUGAGAGAUCUUCAUGAAGUUGCACUAUCCCUUCUUGGUUGAAUAUAAAACAGAUAGUUGUACGUUGAGAUUUAAGAUGAUAAUAUUCUUUAGAAUU